GGCGAAGAUGAAGAGGUUGGAGGAGGAGAUGAAGAGGGUACAACAGGAGGAGGAAGAAAGAAGGAAGGCUGCUGAAGCAGAAGCGGCAACAGAGGAAGGGAAAAAGAGAGAAUGAGAAUUGAGAGUGGAGAAGGGAGCAGUGGUGGCACGAUGAAGUGGGAGACAGAUACUGAACUGGAGAAGAAGAUCAGCGAGUGGGUCGCUAAUUUAUCGUUGGGGGAAGACGAGGAGGCGGAGUCCUAUGUGACUAAGGAUGAGAAGGCUGCGCUGGCUGUUGAGCUAGCAGCCAUGAUAGACCCAAUGGGACGAAGAGAGAGGGAAGACGAGCAAAAGUUAGCAUGGAAGUUGAGAAUGAAGAGGGAGAAGAAGAGGAGGAGAGAGGAAAUGAAUAAGAUGACCGUAGCAGUGGCAAAGGUGCAGGAGUGUAGAGCGGAGGUGCUGGCCCAGCCAGAUGAUAAGGCCAAGUGGGACAAGGUACUGGGCUAUCUAGAGGUGUUGAGCAAGGCCUGGAUGGAGGAGCGCCAGGCAAGCUGGAGCCAGGAUGUAGCGUUGAGUGCCAUGCGGUCUGGGUUCAGGGAUUUUUCACGCGAAAUCGUCACCCACAUUGGGGGCGAAGUCAAACAGUUGAGGGACAAUGUAGGGAAGUUUUGUGAGGGCGCCAUUCAGGGUGCCAAAGCUGCAGCCGCUGUAGAAGGAGAGGGCAGACCCCGUAAGGACCCAGUGAAACUUAAGUUCCCAGACGCGUACGGGGGAAAGAAGCACGAGAACUUUGACAACUGGGAGGCCAGUGUCAAUGGUUACAUUUAUUUACAGCAUAUCCUGAUAGAGGAGCAAGUCCUCGUGGCCUUCCAGGCCCUGAAGGAUGAAUCGGCUAGUUUCGCCAGGUCUCUCGGGCGUACAGCCAGUUGUGAAAAGAACCUUGUUGCAUAUUCCAAAGUCACUCCUCUUUCCCAAUUCCUCAAGCUCCUCAAGGAGUGGUUCGCUGACCCAACGCGAGGCAUUAGAGCCUCUGAUAAGCUUCAAACGAUCCACUCCCGACAGUGGAGGAGUGCCAAGGCACUCAAGGGUACCAUGGACGACUUGGUAGCUGUCUCGGACCACGGGGUCACUGAGCCCCAGUUGGUCCAGUUGUUUUAUCGUGCCAUUCCAGAGGCCCUACGUGGGCAUUUCUUUGACAAAUCUCAGCAGGCCGRCAUGACUUACGAUGCAUUGAGUAGAGAAGUCGUCCUGUAUGAGUCGAAGUCUAUGCCAGUUACCACUUUCUGGCAUAAGGACCCGGAGAAGGGGAAAAAGUGGAAAGAUCGCACCAUCUUGGGCCAAGUCAAGGCCAAGGAUCACUUGAUCCUGACAUUAGAGGAGGGUGGUACAGAAGAGGUCCCAUAUGAUCAGAUUGAGUGGGGCCUAGGGGAGGAGUACAGUAGUGUAGGGCAGGGGAGGUCUUACGCUGCUGUCGCGGCUGGAGGGAGGACGCAAGUUAAAAAGGAGCAGUUAGAAGACCAGGUCUUUGUAGUUUAUGUUAGACCUGUCACUGAGGCCCAGGAAAAGGAUAGCUCCACAGAUCCAACAAUUGCCAAGCUGCUGGAAGAAUUCAAAGACUUGACUGAGUCGCCCAUAGGAGUAGUGUCACGACCCAUCCAGCACAGGAUAGAGAUAGAGCCUGGUAGUAGAACUCCUAAGGGUGCAGUCUACAGGAUGUCCCCUAGAGAGUUAGAGGAGCUUCGCAAGCAGUUAGACGAACUCCUUGAGAAAGGUUGGAUCAGGCCCAGUUCGUCUCCUUUUGGAGCACCCGUUUUGUUUGUCCCCAAGAAGGAAGGAGAGUURAGAAUGUGUAYAGACUAUAGGGGUUUGAAUGCGAUCACCGUGAAGAAUGCUGAGCCGCUGCCCAGGAUAGAAGAUCUUUUAGAUCGGGUGCAGGGUUGUAAGUAUUUCUCUAAGAUAGACUUAAAGUCCGGAUACCAUCAGAUAGAAGUCCAUCCUGAUGAUCAGUACAAGACGGCAUUCCGGACUAGAUAUGGGCAUUAUGAGUUUGUAGUGAUGCCCUUUGGACUAACCAACGCGCCAACUACUUUUCAGCGUUGUAUGAAUGACCUGUUUAGACCAUGGUUAGAUAAGUUUGUAGUAGUCUUUCUAGACGAUAUCCUAGUUUUUAGUAAGACCCUCCAGGAGCAUCAGGGUCAUCUGAGGCAGGUCUUGGAGAAGCUUAGAGAGGCUAACUUCAAGAUCAACACGAAGAAGUGCGAGUGGGCCAAGACGCAAGUUUUGUACUUGGGCCACGUAUUAGACGGAGAUGGCAUCAAGCCAAAGGACAACAAGAUCGCGGCGAUUAGAGAUUGGCCGACGCCCCGCACAUUGACAGAGUUGCGGUCGUUCCUAGGCUUAGCUAACUACUAUAGGAAGUUCGUGAGGAACUUCUCCACUAUCGCCGCUCCCUUGCGCCGAUUGCUGAAGAAAGAGGCAAUCUGGCAAUGGGGCAAAGACUGUACGUUUGCGCUCAAGAAGCUAAAGCGCGCGUUAAUAGAGUAUCCUGUCCUCAAAGUUGCAGAUCCGUCUUUGCCAUUUGUCGUCACCACGGACGCGAGUCAGUAUGGGAUAGGCGCCGUGUUGCAGCAAGACGACAGCAAUGGCUAUAGACCCGUAGAGUUCAUGUCAGCGAGGAUGCCCUGUGAGAAGGUUGCUGCCUCCACGUACAAGAGAGAACUCUAUGCUCUCAGGCAGGCUUUAGAUCAUUGGAAGCACUACCUGCUUGGGAGGCACUUCAAAGUCUAUUCGGACCAUGAAACGCUUAGAUGGCUAAAGACCCAGGCCAAGAUGACACCUAAGUUGACUAGGUGGGCCGCACAGAUAGACCAAUUCGACUUUGAGCUCAAGCCAGUGAAGGGCAAGUACAACGUAGUUGCGGAUGCUCUGAGUAGGAGAUCAGACUACUCUGGAGAUCUUUCAGCGCUUUACCUAGCCGGGUGUCCAAAAUACGGAUGCGCGACACUAGAGGCUCUCCUCAUGCGUCAACCUGUCACAUCUCACACUCGCGAGGCGCUUAAGGCUCUGGCGAUCUCUGAGCAGUAUGGACUGGAACAAACCUCAGCGACAAUUCUACGGUCAGUGGGCGUGCAUUGUUUGAAACAUGGAAAGCGGGGAGCUGGGAUCUUCUGGCUACAACAAGGACAUGAUGAAGGCCGGCUGAGUGCCAUCGCUAACGAGCUACUGUCAAACGUCACAACGGAUGAGAUCGAGACCAGUGAAACUCUAGAGGCAAGUCAAACAGUCCCUGUGCUAGAGUGGCCGGUUGCCGACGAACCCUUGUUUAAUGUACAGCAGAUCAACACGAUGUUAAUCUGUCUGCAGAAUCUUCUGGUCUCUCAUCGGCGAGAAGAAUACCUGGGGUCUGUCGACGAUGCCUCGUUGAACCGGCUUCGUCUCGCUUUGGCUCAGCACUUAGGAAGAGCAUUCCUCUGGGACAGAGAUUUUCACUCGAUGGACCGAUGAUCGUAAAGGCUGCGGAGGUGGUCAACUAGAUUCUCCUACCCUGAUUCUCCUAGAUCCUCUUCCAUCCAAGACAGCUCCAUACAACCCUUCGAUAAGAAUGAAGUCGGCGAACGAGGUACCGGAGGCGUUUCUGUAACUUCUUCUGUUGAUAUUGCUGGUAGUGGUGUCUGCUCUUAUCAGCACGACUAACACUGGUGGGGGCGUGUUAUUAAAAAAAAAAAAAAAAAAAAAAAAAAAAAGAGAAGAAGAAGAAGAAGAUAUUGCUAGUAUCUUGUCUUGAUGAAAGAGUGGGGUUUGGCAGUUUUGCAUGCAAUAAAAAACUAUAACUCACCAAAAGACUAACGUCUUUAACCGAAUAUAAAACACACGGUCAUUAUCCCUGUAUCUGGACUGAAAGUUGCCCCAAAUACAGCUGUAAUGACUGGGCGUUCUAUUUGGGUGAAGACGGUAGAUUGUUAGUAUCUGAUUGUUUGUAGAAAUAAGAAAGAAUUAACAAUUCCGCUUUGUGUUUGUACAAAUAAGAUCUGAGUUCAACUAACGCUUCUGCCGUUAUGAGCCAGUUUUCUUCUUUUCGAUAACACUUUUGUGUUGUCGCUUGUUUUGAUGAAAGCCCUUUGCAUACAAUCCAACCUGUACCGAAAAAGGGCAUGGCAUGCACACGCACACGCACAUGCACACACACACACACACACACACACACACACACAGAGAGAGUUCCUGGAAGGUGGUGGUCUCUAGAGUGUGAGUGUGAGUUUCUUCACAGAUGUCCACAAUCCGAAGAUGGCAGGAAGUUUUAACAAUCGGGUUGGACGAUAACAAUUAUCUUUUUUAAAGUUUUUUUUUGUUUAAAAGGUUUGGACUCUUGAGCGUUUUGUCACAACGUU